AUCUAUAUAAGAAGAUCAUAAGACUUGCAUUUAAUUAGUACUCACUUUUGAGCUAAGCAUUGACUUUGAGUGUGAUAUUUUUAUAUCUAGUCAUGGAGAAGAAAACACUCGGAGUCUUGUUCAUGUUUUUUCUUCUAUUAACCGCUGAUGUUGCAGUUAAGACAGCAGAGGCUCGAACGUGCGAGUCAAGGAGCCACAGGUUUAAGGGUACAUGCUUGAGUGACACCACCUGUGCACAUGCAUGCAGGAAUGAAGGUUUCAGUGGUGGCGACUGCCGAGGCCUCCGCCGUCGCUGCUUCUGUAAUAGACUUUGUUGAGACACAUGCACCACUUAAUGCAUGAAUCAACCACAAAUAAAUAUGCCACUAGCUCAUGAUGCUAGCCAUAUCCUAUGGUCUUUUAUCAUACUAUAGUAUGGUAUGGACCAAGUAUGAUAUAUAUGUUUCAGUUUAAUGUGUAAUCAAUUUGGUUUUAUAUCUUCCAAUAUGAUAUCCAAUUGCACUCCA